UCACCGCCUCGUCGUCCUCCAAACAUCCGGCCAUGGUUUCAACAUUUCGGUGUUUCGGUACUGAAUAAGGAGAGCUUGUAUGUAUGGUGAUGGAGGACAGCAGCCGUCCAGAGUGUGAAUCCAAACCCUGCGCUCCUGCCCGCUCUAAAAAGCCUGACGCGCCGCUCUACGUACCCAAAAAACGUCAGGACCAAGUGGCGGACGCACACGCCAGCCCCCAGCCCAAAGACAACCACCAAACUCCGGGGGACAAGAAAUCCAGGCCCAGACCCCGAUACACAGACAAGGCGAGAAAAUACAACAAGAACAAGAAGGACAAAGGAAGCGGAGAUAAAACCAAAGCAGGAGAUGAGGGCGUCCCAAACGGUGAGGGAGAACAGCAGGAGAAAGAAGAGGGGGAUAAAGAAAACGAUGACGCAAUGGCCCAAAAGGAGCCGUCAGCUACAGAAGACGAGGAGAACCGGGUCUCCUCUGAAGACGGGAAACCGACAGUGGCCACAGCUAGCAAGUCCAAAACCGUAGAAGCAGAAGAGGCUGUGAAGGAAGAGGAAGAAGGAGAGGACUGGGAUUCAUUAUUUACAGAUGAAGGAGACUGUCUGGACCCUCACCUUCUAGAAGAGAUCUCUCAGAAGGCGGGGCGUGAAAAGACGUCCAUUCAGGAUCCACAGUUCAACUAUUAUAACUGGUCUCCAGAGGACGACGAGGUGGAGCUUCGGGAGGACGAGCUUUCGCACAUCGUAGAAAUCUACGACUUUCCCUCUGAGUUUAAAAUGGAGGAUUUAAUCAGGGCGUUCAGCUCCUACCAGCAGAAAGGGUUUGACAUAAAGUGGAUCGAUGACACACACGCUCUGGGGCUGUUCUCCAGUCCGAUAGCAGCGCGUGAUGCUCUGAGGACCAAACACCCGAUGCUGAAGGUUCGUCCUCUCUCCAAAUCUUCCUCGGCCACUAAAGCCAAAGCCCGUGCCUCCUCCGAUUACCUCCUCCCCGCUAAAGAGCGUCCUCAGACUAGUGCGGCUCUGGCCCGUCGUUUGGUGAUUGGUGCUUUAGGAGUGAAGAGCGGUCAGAGCCGAGAGCAGCGCGAGGCUGAGAGGAACCAGCUACGGGAAGCCAGAGAGCAAAAGCGUUUGGCAGCGAAGCAGCGAGAGGACGCGUGGGAGGGGAGGUGAAGCUGACGGAGGGAUGCAUGUGCCUGUGCUCAUGUUCUGCCCUCCUCAGAGCUCCAUCUAGACACAUCGAGGGAUUGAGUCUACAGCUGCCUCGGUUUUUGACCCAGUCCUUAAGGACCACCAGUCAGUCCACGUUUUAGUUCUGUUUUUAGCUUGUAGCACAUCUGACCCAGAAGAAAAGCUUGUAGUAGAGGAGAGCAGGACACACCCACACACUGUGGUUUCUGUUUGCUGAAUAGUUUUAAGUAUUUGACGAUUGAGUGCAAACUGUGUAAUUUAUCUUAUAGAUGGGGUCAGUUGUACGACGGCGUUUUAGAGCCACUGUUAAUAAAAAUAAAAAUAGUCGACUUUGAGAAUAAAGUCGUACUAUUUGGAGGAUAAAGUGGGCUAACUGUAGGGGGGCUAACUGUAGGGAGCUGCCAUAA